CUGUCGGAUAUUUUUUAUGGAGCGCGGAGCCAUGUGGUGGUGUUGUAGCAUGAAUAUGUUUGUGCAGCCAAUUCACCACUAAUAUUUGGCCCUCAUGGAGUGAAUUAAGGCCGCGCUUCGUUGCAGGAAAGUGUCAACAGUACCAUUCACUCCGACGCUGUUGUGGUAACACUGGUGAAAGUGCGCCUGGGGUAAUCGUUUUACCGUAGAUAGUUCUACGCACCUACCAUCCGACCGGUUUAUUUCGAGAAACUGGACCGCCACGUUACCGUGGGGGUGUGUAGCAGUUUAGGAAUUCAGUGGGUCACAUGUUUCCUGGUCAACGUCUCACGAUGCUGCGACGCCUUCCCCGCGUUCUGGCGGCGUCCGCUAUCGAUGCAAACCGUGCGGGCGCGUCGCUGCUGGGAACCACUCGCCGUUGCCUCAGCGAUGACACCGAGUGGAAGCGCAAGAAGAGACAGGUGCCCGUCAACACGAGCGUCGACUACGUGACGAUCGACUCGAAGCCCAACCCACUCGAGACGGUGGGCUCAAUGUUCAAGGGACUCGGGGUCGACUUCGUGGCCUCCCUGCAUAACGUACCGACUUACUUCACGGAGAGAGCUGCCUUCGAUCGCAAACUGCGUCGGGAAAGGAUGCGACGUCUGUCGAGCCAAAAAUUCUUUCCAGAGCGCCACGGUAUCCUGGGCCCCGAUCUGGCCGCUGCAUCGUUCCUCAUCUUCCGAGGAGCGCUUGUCAAGUUCCAGGACAAGGACGAAUGGUACAAGAAGACUGAAGACGACGAGACGGGCCUUCCGCUGAAGUAUGAACCGGGCUGGGUCGUCGAAGCCAUCGAUGCUUCCAAUGCCGAGCUCUACUACGAGGGCUUGGACAAUCUCACAUGUCUCGAGGGCCUUAAGGCGCUACGGCUGGCUGGUAAUCCAAACGUUGACGACUGGUUCAUGGACAGGCUAAGCCAGUUCAGGGAGACCUUAGAACACCUGGACGUCUCUGGGUGUCCUCAGAUCACAGAGCAUGGCUUGGCUGCCCUCUACAGGCUGAGGAAUUUGAAGACCAUAACACUAGCCCACCUGUCUCACAUUAAGCACAUCAAGCUUGUCGGCUUGAUGCUGGAGGAAGCCAUACCUGGCUGCCGAGUGCUGGGCAUUAACUACUUCGACUCGGACGCAUCGCCUGGGCAAAGCAAGGAGUCCUCGUCCAGUCAAGCUAAUCAAAAGCCACAGGGACAACAGGAGGAACCGUUUCAGUCACCAGAAAAACUGAAAUCAUUUUAGGAGAAUUUGCAGAGAAAAAGCGCUGUGAGAAGCACACAGAACUGCAGUGUAAAUAUUAGGCACUUUUUGAAUUGGAAUGUGGAAGUAAAUUUUCUUCACUGAA